AUGCAGGCUAUGCCAGAUUCGCGCCAGCAGAGUUUCGAGGAGAUUUACGGCCCUCCAGAGAACUUCUUGGAGAUAGAGGUACGAAAUCCAAAAACCCACGGAAUGGGUCGCAACAUGUACACAGACUACGAGAUCGUAUGCCGAACCAAUAUCCCCGCCUUCAAAUUGCGACAUAGCAGUGUACGCAGACGUUAUUCGGACUUUGAAUACUUUCGCGAUAUCUUGGAGCGCGAAUCUGCGAGAGUUACGAUCCCACCUCUACCUGGAAAGGUCUUUACCAAUAGGUUCAGUGAUGAUGUGAUUGAACACAGACGAGAGGGGCUACAGAGAUUCUUGCAGAUUGUGGUCGGACAUCCUCUGUUGCAGACGGGUAGUAAGGUGUUGGCGGGGUUUGUGCAAGAUCCAAGUUGGGAUCGUAAUGCUUGGUGA